AUGGUGGAUUUGUCCGAGAGUGGUGCAGUGUCGCCCGGACACGGCAGGCACGGACAGAGCUCCGGCUCCGGUAACAACGGGAAGAAAACGCCGAAAAAGUCGCGAACGAGAAGAGGCAAACGUGGCAGGAGAAGAAGGAAUAAAAAGAACAACAGGAACAACAAAACACCUCCACCAUAUUUUCCACCGGAGGCUGAAGAAGGAAACAUCGAGUACAAGUUGAAGCUGGUUAAUCCCACUCAGUAUCGCUUCGAGCAUCUGGCCACGCAGCUCAAGUGGCGUCUGCAGGAGGGCCGCGGCGAGGCCGUCUACCAGAUUGGAGUGGAAGACAACGGCCUGCUGGUCGGCCUGACCGAGGCUGACAUGAAGGCCUCGCUCAAGACCUUAAAGAGGAUGGCAGAGAAAGUCGGUGCUGACAUCACUCUCCUCCGAGAGAGGGAGGUGGACUACGACUCGGACAGAAACACUCGAAAAAUUGCAGAAGUCCUGGUUCGCAAAGUUCCUGAUGAUCAACAGUUCCUGGACCUGCGGGUGGCAGUUCUAGGCAACGUGGACUCAGGAAAAUCAACUCUGCUGGGCGUCCUGACGCAGGGUGAGCUGGACAACGGCCGUGGUCGAGCGCGGCUCAACCUCUUCAGACAUCUGCACGAGAUCCAGACUGGACGGACCUCCAGCAUCAGCUUUGAGAUCCUUGGCUUCAACAGCAAAGGAGAGGUCAUAAACUAUAGCGAGUCUCGGACAGCUGAGGAGAUCUGCGAGAGCUCGUCCAAGAUGAUUACCUUCAUCGAUCUGGCCGGACACCACAAGUAUCUGAAGACAACCAUCUUCGGCCUCACCAGCUACUGCCCUGACUUCGCCAUGUUGGUGGUGAGCGCCAACACCGGCAUCGCCGGUACGACUCGGGAGCACCUUGGCCUGGCCAUGGCGCUGAAAGUUCCCAUCUUCAUCGUGGUCAGUAAAGUGGACCUGUGCUCCCGUGGCACCGUGGAGCGAACCGUCCGGCAGCUCGAACGAGUCCUGAAGCAGCCGGGCUGCAACAAGGUGCCCAUGGUGGUGUCCUGCCCCGACGAUGCAGUGACGGCCGCACAGCAAUUCACUCAGUCUGCAUGUAUCACGCCUAUCUUCACCCUUUCCAGUGUGUCUGGAGAGAGUCUGGACCUCCUGAAGGUUUUCUUGAACAUCCUCCCUCCUCUGAGCAACAGCAAGGAGCAGGAAGAGCUGAUGCAGCAGCUCACUGAGUUCCAGGUGGAUGAGAUCUACUCAGUUCCUGAUGUUGGGACUGUGGUGGGAGGAACUCUGUACAGCGGAGUGUGUCGGGAAGGCGAGAGGCUGGUGGUCGGUCCAACUGAUGAGGGCCGCUUCCUGCGUCUGAAGGUGGGCAGCAUCCAGAGGAACCGCUCGGCCUGCAGGGUGCUGAGGGCCGGACAGGCUGCCACGCUGGCCCUGGGAAACUUUGACCGCUCACUAUUGCGUAAGGGUAUGGUGAUGGUCAGUCCCAAGAUGAACCCGACCAUCUGCUGUCAGUUUGAAGCCGCCAUCGUCCUGCUCUUCCACGCCAAAACCUUCCGCCGGGGGUCACAGGUCACAGUGCAUGUCGGCAACGUCAGGCAGACUGCCACUGUGGAGUGCCUUCAUGGGAAGGACGAGCUGCGUACAGGCGAGAGAGCCGUGGUUCGCUUCCGCUUCAUCAAACACCCCGAGUACCUGCGACUGGGAGCCAAGCUGCUUUUUAGGGAAGGUGUCACCAAAGGCAUCGGCCACGUCACCCGCCUCCUGCCCCCCUCCCAGAACCACGACCAGAACCAGAACCAGAAUCACAACCAGAACCUGCAGGAGCACUAAAGACCUCGACCAUCCUCCAUCACAGGAUCAACAGAUGUUGAGCUUCGUGAGAACUUUGACUGGUCAGAUGUCACCAGUGCACCUCUCCCGCCACAUGUCGGCGCAUUAAUCCUCCUGUCCUGGAUCUAUAGUUCUGUCCUCAUUCACCCCACUGUGAUGCCAGAGACUCCAUCAUCAUCAUCUUCC